AAAAUUCCACACACAGGCACAGCCUUCUCUCGACCCUCAGGCCGUUGUCUAUUCGGGGAUAGAGUGAUUGUGUGCGCCAAAGUGAAUCUUGUUGUUUGAAAAUGAGCGUGGUUGGUUUUGAUUUUGGGAACGAGAGCUGUGUUGUUGCCGUUGCAAGGCAAAGAGGAAUUGAUGUUGUACUCAAUGACGAAUCAAAGCGCGAGACUCCCGCUAUUGUAUGUUUUGGUGAAAGACAGCGCUUCCUUGGAACUGCUGGGGCUGCGUCAAGUAUGAUGAAUCCAAAGAAUACAAUUUCUCAGAUAAAGCGUCUGAUUGGGCGGCAGUUUUCUGAUCCUGAGCUACAACAAGAUCUCGAGGCAAUGCCCUUUGCCGUGACUGAAGGCCCUGAUGGAUACCCAUUGAUUCAUGCGCAGUAUUUGGGAGAUACAAGGUCAUUUACACCUACCCAACUAUUAGCAAUGGUGUUCUCAAAUAUGAAGACUAUAGCGGAGAAGAAUUUGAAUGCUGCAGUUGUGGAUUGUUGUAUUGGGAUACCUGUUUAUUUCACUGACCUUCAAAGAAGAGCUGUUUUAGAUGCAGCUACUAUCGCAGGUUUGCACCCUCUCCGAUUACUUCAUGAGACCACUGCAACUGCUUUGGCAUUUGGAAUUUAUAAGACAGAUUUACCCGAGAAUGACCAACUAAAUGUUGCAUUUGUUGACGUUGGUCAUGCUAGUUUGCAAGUUUGUAUAGCUGGCUUCAAGAAAGGCCAGCUGAAGAUAUUGGCCCAUUCAUUCGAUCGAUCUUUAGGUGGCAGAGAUUUUGAUGAAGUUCUAUUCCAGUACUUUGCUGCAAAGUUCAAGGAAGAGUACAAGAUUGAUGUAUACCAGAAUGCUAGGGCCUGCCUCAGGCUUCGUGCUGCUUGUGAAAAACUGAAGAAAGUUCUUAGUGCAAACCCAGAGGCACCUUUGAAUAUAGAGUGCUUGAUGGAUGAAAAGGAUGUUAGGGGUUUCAUCAAGAGAGAAGAGUUUGAAAAAAUUAGUAUUCCGAUUUUGGAACGCGUGAGGAAGCCGUUGGAGAAGGCUCUUUCAGAUGCUGGACUGACUGUUGAGAAUAUUCAUGCUGUUGAGGUUGUUGGUUCCGGCUCUCGGGUUCCUGCCAUAAUUAAGAUAUUGACAGAGUUCUUUGGCAAGGAGCCUAGGCGAACUAUGAAUGCGAGUGAAUGUGUUGCCAAAGGCUGUGCUUUAGAGUGUGCAAUCCUCAGUCCCACAUUUAAAGUGCGGGAAUUCCAGGUCAAUGAGAGUUUUCCAUUCCCCAUUGAUUUGUCAUGGAAAGGCGCUGCUCCAGAUACUCAGAAUGGAGUUGCAGAUAAUCAACAAAGCCCUCUUGUUUUCCCCAAGGGGAAUCCAAUACCUAGCAUUAAGGCUUUGACAUUGUACAGAUCAGAAACAUUCACAAUAGAUGUUCAAUAUGCUGAUGUCAGUGAAUUACAGGCACCAGCUAAGAUUAGCACAUAUACGAUUGGUCCUUUUCAAUCCACUAAGGGUGAACGGGCAAAAGUGAGGGUGAAAGUUCGCCUAAAUCUGCACGGCAUUGUAUCAAUUGAUUCAGCAACACUUUUGGAAGAGGAGGAAGUUGAGGUUCCAGUUGUUAAAGAGCCAGCAAAAGAAGCUAAUAAGAUGGAAACAGAUGAAGCUCCAAGUGACACUGCUCCAUCAGCUUUGACUGAAAGUGAUGUCAAUAUGCAAGAUGCUAAAGGUGAUACCGAUGUUCCUGGGGCUGAGAAUGGUAUCCCAGAGUCAGGAGAGAAGCCUGUACAAAUGGAAACAGAUGCCAAGGCUCAGGCUCCCAAGAAAAAGGUGAAGAAAACAAAUAUUCCGGUAACAGAGCAUAUUUGUGGAGGAAUGGCUUCUGCUGAUGUGCAAAAAGCAGUGGAGAAGGAGUUUGAAAUGGCUUUGCAGGAUCGAGUUAUGGAAGAAACCAAAGAUAAGAAGAAUGCUGUGGAGGCCUAUGUUUAUGAUAUGAGAAACAAGCUUCACGACAAAUAUCAAGAGUUUGUGACUGAAUCAGAGAGGGAAGAGUUUAUUGCUAAACUCCAGGUGGUGGAAGAUUGGUUGUAUGAAGAUGGUGAGGAUGAGACUAAAGGCGUUUACAUUGCCAAGCUUGAUGAGCUCAAGAAGCAAGGCAAUCCGAUUGAGGAGCGCUACAAAGAGCACACUGAGAGGGGAUCAGUGAUUGAUCAACUUGUUUAUUGUAUCAAUAGUUACAGAGAAGCUGCCAUUUCAAAUGACUCUAAAUUCGAUCACAUUGACUUAGCAGAGAAGCAGCAGGUUUUGAAUGAAUGUGGGCAAGCUGAAGCUUGGUUGACGGAGAAAAAGCAGCAGCAGGACUCGCUGCCCAAACAUGCGACCCCAGUUCUCUUGUCAGCUGAUGUGAGAAGGAAGACUGAAGCACUCAACAGGUUUUGCAGGCCAAUAAUGACGAAACCCAAGCCGGCCAAGCCAGCUAGUCCUGAAAUGCCAUCAGCAACUCCUCCCCCAGGAACUGAGCCACCGCCUCAGGGUGCUGACAGUGACCCCAACAGCAACCCUAACGAGAAUGCUGGAGCUGCCAAUUGCGAGGUGCCACCAGCUGCUUCGGAGCCAAUGGAAACUGACAAGUCUGAGACAGCACCCAGUGCUGCAGCAUAAAUGCGUAGACCUGUUUGUCUUUAAGUGUUCAAUCCAGGGUCAAAAUUUGGUGGAUUUGUUUUUUUAAUGUCUUUUCCUCUUUGAUGGGCCAAUGGUUAAAAAAGGGUACGGGGUUUUUAUUGGUGAGAUUUGUUUAGUUUCUGUAAAGCCAGUCUUUACCAGGUUCUCAGAUGGUUUAUCAAAUUAUGUCAUUAAAUGGGAUAGGUCUCUAGAAUCCAGUUUUUCAAAUGGGUUUGUAAGGGAAACAGUAAAUUUGCCUUCUUUUUUUUGUGGUUUGUGUGAAAAAGAGACCAAUUUCUACCCUUGCAGAGGGAUUUUAAGUGUCAUCUGUCUCCUUUCCUUAUCAGGAGGAUCUAUUUUGGGUUUUGUCCACUGUUUUUGAGUUUUUCUUGGGUAUAGAAUUUUCAAUUAUUGUUUCCUUGUCUGUCUAAAUUGUUCCUCUUACCUCCAUUUUGGUUAAGUAUUAUUUGCAGCUUGAGA